AUGGCUUUGUUCAGUCUGGGCAACUUUGCCCUCUUGAUCGCGGGCUAUAUUGUCUUCAAAGUUGUUUACCAAGUCGUAUACUACCGUUUCUUCCACCCUCUGGCCAAAUUCCCAGGACCUUUCCUGGCCAGUGUCACGAGGCUUUGGAUUACCUACCACAACGUCAAGGAAGAUGAAUGCCACACAUUCCAGGAGCUUCACAAGAAGCAUGGCCCCGUCAUCCGCGUCACGCCCACCAUGCUCCUCGUGAGCGACGCCACCAAGCUCCCCGAGAUCUACAACCGCCAGGCCAACAAAUCGCAGCACUACAUCACAGGCAGCUUCGGCAAGACGGAAUCGCUCUUCAACAUGCAGGACACAAAAACGCAUGCACACUUCCGCAAGAUCGCCGCGGCCCCUUACAGCUUCUCCAACAUCAAGAAGAUGGAGCCGCUGAUCGACAUGCGCAUUGGGGAAUGGAUCAUGAAACUCGACACCAAUUUCGCCAAAACGGGCGCCAAGUUCGAUUUUGCGCCCUGGGCCGUCUAUAUGGCGUACGACAUUAUCUCCGAGGUCGGAUUUGGCGCGCCGUUUGGGUUCAUUGAGCAGGGCAAGGAUGUUGAGGGUCUCAUUCAGGGGUUCCAUGACGGGCUGGUGCCGUUUGGGAUCAUGGCUAGGCUGUACCCGUUCACCAAUUGGGUGAAGAGCACUUGGAUGGGCCGCUAUCUUGUCGCGAGCCCGGAACAAGACUCGGGUAUUGGCACGUUGAUGCGGUUCCGUGACAAGCUGAUUGCGCAGAGGUUCAAGGAUAUUGAGGCUGGCACUACUGGUGGCAGGAUCGACCUUUUACAAACGUUCAUCGAAGCCCGCGACGAAAAGGGCGAACCCCUCGAUCUCGACUACAUCAAGGCCGAGAUUCUGCUGGUGCUUCUCGCAGGUGCCGAUACCACAGGGACGGCCUUCCAAGCUCUAAUGCUGCAUAUCAUGUCCAACCCGUCCGUCUACGAUCGCAUGAUGGCCGAGAUCGACGAAGGUAACCGGUCCGGCAAGCUCUCGUCACCCAUGCCACAGUAUGACGAAGUCAUGACCCACUGUCCUUACUAUGUCGCCUGUGUACGCGAGUCCAUGCGGUUGAACCCAUCGGCACCGAACAUCUUCCCUCGUCUCGCGCCGAAGGGCGGGUUGGAACUGUUCGGCAAAUUCGUCCCUGAGGGUAGCGAGGUUACGUGUAACCCCUGGUUGGUGCACCGCGACCAGGCCAUCUACGGCGAAGACGCAGAAGAGUUCCGCCCGGAGAGGUGGUUGGACGCCGAGAAAAGCCGCGACUACGCAAAGUACAACAUGGGAUUCGGAUACGGGGCUCGCGUCUGCCUGGGGCAGGAUAUUGCCAGGAUGGAGCUUUACAAGGCGCCGCUGCAGUUCUUCCAGACGUUCAAACCCGAUAUAUUGAACAGGGAGGCGCCCGCGAAGUAUUUAGUAAAGGGUGGUGUAAGUUACUUUGAGGAUAUGUGGGUGAAGCUGGAAAGACGGGCGGCGGUUGUGUAA